GAAGAGCAGGGUAUCCAACCCGUCGCCCUUGGCCCCAUGGAUGGUCCAGCCCUUGUGGUGGGUCUCGUGGUUCUCUUGUGGGGCCCAGCGCAUCUGGUCUUAACGGGCGGCGAUGUGGCGGCCCUGCGAGCAUGGGCCAGUAGUUUAGCCGGUGCUUUUCUCACCUGAGUCUGUUGGUGUCCAUUGGCUUCAUCUACCAAGCGCUGAGGGCGCCUGGUCUGGGGAGCAUCCUUUGGGCCACCUGCUGCACUUGCGCAUAUGUAAGAAGCUUGUGGAAUGUACUCCCUUGCGAAUGAAAUUUGUUUCCCGCUUGAUGCAUGUAAUCACACUCCUACUGAUCGUGGAGACUGCGUGGUCUUCAAGCUCAUUGAAAUUCGCCUCGCUGCAAAGCUUCGCCACAGCGUGCCGCUUCUUGUUGGUGUUGUGUUUCAUGGACCCUUGGACUUCGAUUCCUUUCCAAGUGCUCUACACCACAGCGGAAGCUUAGCAACACCGGACCAAUCGGGCUUUUUGGGGCGUAUUGUGGGGAUUGGCCAUCCCGAUUGGGGAAUUUGGACGAUUCUUCCAUUUGUGAGCUUCAAUAUGUACCAGGCCCAGGUGUUUACUUCUUUGCAGUCUUAAUCUAUUCCUGUCGCUUUGAAGGUGGCACUUUGGACUUGCUGCCGGUGUCUCGGUCAGAGCUUUCGUGAAGGAGUUGGUGUUGAUCAAACCCUUCUCCCGAGAACGGUGACCUUUCAACCUAAACCGCAAACAAACGCUGUGGAUUUUCCCAACGGUAGUUGAACUCGGCCAACCGGGUAGAUGAUUCCGACGAGAUAUACAUCAUUGCAAUUUUCUUUAUUGACGAGGUCAUCUAAAUCACUCGUAGAUUUGGUUGGUCAUAGAAGUUCUGCCAACUCGGAGUGUAACACCCUUGCUCACCUGUUUGCCAUUUUCACACCUCGUUUUUGAUGGCGGGCGAUCUACAAACUGUGAGCAGGUGGGCUUGAGCCAACUCUUCAUUUUUGUCGUCAGUAUCUCCUCAUCCCUGGUCUUCGACUUGCUCCUCCGUGGACGCAUCCGCGCCCGCUUCCACACCGCGGAUGCAGAAUCCUUGGUGACCAGCUUCAGGCCGGGACUUUUCGCAGAUCCUUCUCGGGUUGAGCAGAGAUUUAGAGUCCACUUAUCUUCUGUUCGACUGGAGGGCGUUGGGUUGGAUGAAUGGGACAUUUGCGUUAAUAUAUUUUAUUCGGAUGUUUGUUCAGUUGAAGGGGGUACAUUGCCGAUGACCGAUCUUUCAAUGAAAUCAAUACUGCAGGAGGGUUUUGAGAGGUGUUUGUGAUGGUGAAGUUCUCCUGGCCAGCCAGAUGAAUGUGGCGCAAGAAAGCUUGAAGCACUUGACGUCAGCCUCAAAGGCAGGCCAUUUCAACAUUUACUUCCCAAAGAGGAACAUCAUCGUUUUGGCGACUUUAUUGAGUCUUCCACAAAGGCAUUUGGAGCACCAGAAUCCAAGGACGAUGUGCUCCCCUUAUGUUUGCAGUCCUCUCUGAGGGGAUCAGCAGGCAUACAGGUUGGUGCAGAUUUCUUUCAUGUACCCGUUCCGGGCAGGCAUGGGGUCUGUCACAUGUUUUCGUUUUGGCAACCUUCAUUCCACUGAUGGAAGUCAACAUUUUGUCCGACGAUGGUUGAAUAGCUGCGAUGGGAUGACCUUGUCUCGGACAGGGUUAUUUGGGGCCAAUGAGCCUUACCACCUUAUUGCCUUCAAGGAAGACUCCGAAUCGCGGCAGAUCUACCCCGAGGCUCCAGACGAUUCCGUUCCGGCGAGCCUUUUGAUGUCCAGGUAUGAUGAGGAUAGCAGACAGAACGAAGAGAGUCAUCAAGAUACCAGGUCCAUGAUCUCUGGAACAACCCAUAGUUUUUCCCAUCUCAGUGCACUGCAAGAAAUGACUUUGCUGGUGGAUGUGAACACAGAGCUCCAUGAUCUACCACAAGCACACUUGAACUUUCAACGUGAGAAACAAGGGGAUUUGCGUGCCGCUUUGCACUCCAAGAUGCCAAGCUUGCGGAAGCUGGUGAAGCCCACGGACUGGGAGAAGGUCCGCAGCCACGUGGUGAGUUUCUGUGAACGGUCCCUGGAGGAUCCACGGCUUUCGCCCGAAGAGAUUCGGAUGACGGUGAAGCUUCCAGGAGAACACGCUUGGCUGAAAGUGGAGGAAGCGACGCUGCACCCGAUCCGAGGCGCUCAGAAGGUAUGGCUGCUCAGAGGAUUCCGGCCUGAGAAGAUUCGACAUUGCCCUUUUUUGGAUCGGAGAACGCCGGCGAACAUCCACGACGGCAGUCGGCUGCUAGGUUACGCUGUUGCGUUUCAUCGUGUUUUGCUUGGGCAAAAGAGACAUGACCGAAGAGUUGGUAUAUUGUGGAAUCCAGAAUCCUGGUGUGAAGACAUGGGG